ACUCUAGCCUAUUGCGGUACUAGUGACUCUACCAGGCUCAACCAUUAUCAACCGAGUUCCAUUUCAUCUUGUUCCGGCCAUUUUCCUUCGUGCUCCACUCCGUGUUCACGCGAUUCCGAGUGUCACGUCGCGCGUUGUGCGUAGAAGCAUUUCGAGUCGAAGUACAUGGAAUAAAUACGAGGAAAUACAGAAUUCACGGAUUGUUCAAGUGAAUCCCUAUUGGUUUCUUUUUUCUCUUCUUUCUUUCCGUUUUAUAUCGCAGCAUACGCACGCCCGCGGCUCUACUCGCGGUAACUCGACGACGACGCGAAAAAUUGCGACCCGCGACGCACCACGAGUAGGGAGGGGGAGGCGGCCAUCUCCGUGCUCUUCUGAUAUUUUUUAUAUUCCACGGUAUGUCAGAAGGCGAAGCACUGUCGCAGAAAAAGCAGCAACAACAACCACCGUUCCAUCAGCAGCAACAACAGCAGCAGCAGCAGUCGCAGAUCGGAGCGGGUUCAAUGGCGAAUAUGGCGUGGCAAUAUCCGCCGAACAACAUGCAUAACAUGUUUCCACCGUACCCAGGACAAAUGUAUGGUCCAGGAUAUCAAGGUGUGCCACAUCAAGGACAGAUGUUUAACUACUAUCACAUGAUGCCAGGAUAUGGCCAGACUUUUAAUCCUCAACAGAUGCAGCAACAUCAACAACAGCAGCAGCAAACGCAGCAGCAGCAGCAGCAACAGCAGCAACCACAACAGCAGCAGCAGCAGCAGCAACAGGGAAACAAUCAGACAAAGCAACAGUUACAUCAACAACCUCCUAUACCUGGUACACCAAUGCCUCUAGAUGAUGAAUCUGAUCUUCCACCAUUGCCACCCGGUCCACCACCAACAACUCCAUCAACUCAACAACAUAACAAUCACAUGCAACAACAGCAGAUGACUUCUUAUUCAGGAUUAAUGUACAAUUCGUUCCCUUAUGGUAAUUGGAAUGGAAUGCAUAAUAAUACUUCACAGUACAAUGGUCAGACUAUCCGUUUCAACUUACCAAACAAGAAAACGGGUCUUGGAUACGUGCCGUCCGGCAAUAGCGGCGCCGCGAAGAGAAAACGUAAGCGGAACAAAAAUUUAGCAGCUCAAUUCAACAAUAGCUUUCAGGGAAAUGCUCCGAUUGGUCCCUUCAUGCCUAACGGACCGAAUGCAAAACCUGCGGAAUUACCACCGUUACCUCCCACGCAAUGCGAAGUGGCAGCCCCUCCGCCACCAAGUGAGGAGCCUCCUAGUUCUGUCGUGCCGGUCACCACGGUUUCCAGCAACGUGGUCCCCGGUACUGGCACUACUCCCUCCAUCGCUCAAAGUCCGGUCGGGGAUUGGCCCGACAGUCUGAAGAAUUAUGUAAAUCGAUGCUACGAGAAAUGUAAGACGGCAGUCGAUAAAGAUCAGGUCGAAAUCAUACUGAAGGGCAAGAUCACACGCGCCGCGAAUGACGGCUCGCUUUGGGUGAAGGACUGGGAUAAGGAGCCUCUGCCCAGCAUCCACAGCGAACGUAUGACCAUGACGAUUAAACCUUCGAAGCCGGCGUUAAAGCUGGCGAAUCCUUUGGCGAGCCCACUGGUCAAUGCACAGGGAGGCCUGCGCAAGCCUGGCCUUUCCAGCUCACUCGGGGCUCGGCUUGGCGCGCGUCUCUCUGUGACACACAGCAGGCGGUCGAGGACGAGGUCGAGGUCGAGGUCGAGGUCAAGAUCAAGAUCCAAAUCAAGAUCGCGAUCCCGUUCGCGAUCGCGAUCGCGGUCACGUUCGAGGUCGAGAUCAACGCGUUCGCGCACACGUAGCCCGCCGCGCAGGUACAACAGACGCAGCACAUCCUCGUCGUCGAACAUUAGCGAUCGAGAACACGAGUACAAGGCUCCUAAAACGAAAAAAUCCGCGCGCAACAAGGCGAAUCAUAACAAGAAGUCCAAGAAGAAUAAGCAGGCUAAAUCGCAUUUCUAUUCCGAAUUUGGUUUAGCUACAGGCAACACGGACGAGCUGGGAACCAAGGAGAAGCUGCAGCAGCGCGCUGCCAGAUUCAACGGCGGCGUUUCCAGGACGGUUGUUAGCAGCGUCGUUAUUAGAGAUGACUCGAACACGGACUUUGAUUUUACCGGACUCCACAUCGUCGGCACAUGCAAGGAUCUAGAGAAGCCCUACUUGCGUCUCACAACGGCUCCUGCCCCUUCUGCAGUUCGACCGGUAAGUGUACUUCAAAAUUCUUUGGCCCAUGUUAAGAAACGUUGGCUGGCCGAUCAGGACUACAGAUAUGCUUGCGACCAAUUAAAAUCCAUCCGGCAAGAUCUUACCGUGCAAGGUAUCAGGGACGCGUUUACAGUUCAUGUAUAUGAAACUCAUGCUCGUGUAGCUUUAGAACGCGGUGAUCACGAGGAAUUUAAUCAGUGUCAGACACAGCUGAAAAUGCUUUAUCAGGAUCUCAGUGGCGAGAACCGAUGCGAAUUCAUUGCGUAUAGGAUUCUCUAUUACAUUUUCACAAAAAAUACUCAAGACUUAACGACAAUUUUAGCAGCACUUUCGCCAGAGGAUAAAAAUAACGAGUGCAUAAAACACGCGUUGAAAAUACGAUCGGCUUGGUGGUUGGGUAACUUCCAUGCUUUUUUCAAACUGUAUAGGACGGCUCCGUGUAUGUCUGCCUUCUUGAUGGAUUGGUUUGUCGCUAGAGAGCGAAAGAAGGCAUUGAAAUUCAUGAUAAAGUCCUACCGGCAAAAUUUGGCGGUUCAUUUCGUCGUAGCAGAAUUGGCCUUUGAUUCUUUGGACAAGUUUUAUGAAUUUGUCAGUGAGUUCGGCUUGGUUUAUGCUGAUCUCGCUCGACAACAAAUCGACUGCAAGGCAAGCAGUAGUAGUCUAGGUGGUUGGUAGAAGGCAACGCCACUCUACUGUCCUACCUUUUUACUCCUUGUGGCGGAAGAUAUUUUAACACGUGAAAAAGAUGGGCCACACACACACACAUUCAUGUAUACAUACACAUACAUACACACGCGUACCAUGCAUAAAUCUCACGUGUGUAGUAUUACGUGUAUAUGCAUAUGUUUCCGGCAUAUGUGCGCUUGUGUGACUCAUAUGCAUAUAUACAAGUAUUUAGAUAGAUGUUUCAUUUCGCUGGGGUACACAUCGUUUCCGUAAAUUUCUCUCACCCUCGGAAGCCCCGUGUGUGUUGGCUUUAUCUCUCGCAAACGAUCUUCAAAUCAUCGUCCCACGGCGGUGGCGCAAUUUCAUCACCGUCGGGCGCAAAAAUCGAAAGUUUGGGACUUCGACUGUGAAUUUGUACAUACAUACUCCCUCGUUCAGUUUCCCCGCGCGCAAUUGUACAUAAUCUCAAGAGGACAUAGAUGCGGACUCUCACCGGGGACUCCUGGAAAUUGUACAAAAAUCGGGACGGAUGAUCGUUUCCGUUCAUAUUUGGCGCUACCUCAUUAAAAAGAUUAAAUGAGAAAAAAAACUCGGUAUAACGUCAAGGAUCAUACUCACAACGCAAACGGUACAAUCUGCGGUCUUCGCAAUAGGAAAAAACCCAUCUUUCGUUCGUUAUCGACUCGGGGACGAUUCGUCGAUAAGACGACUGCUCUCUCCUUUUCAAUCAUUUGUAGCGUGAUGCGCACACACGCUUCAUUGCCUUGAUCGAUUUUCCAAAUGUUCUUUUAAUAAGUAUUAACUACACACAAAACAACCCAACCGAGCCGCAACGCAAACUAGCUCUCUCCUUUUGAAGAAGAGUGUACUUCAAAGAGAACGCGGAUAAGGAUUUUGUUUCACGAAUUCGGAGACACGAGUCGCGUUUGAAAGGACAUUGUGAUGACGUUCAUGCCGUUCGUGCUCGAGAGACGCUCCAUUCCCGAACAAGCUCGAAGAAAAUCGGUAGAAAUCACAGAGGGAAGAAGGAAGAAGAAAUGGCAGCAUUGUUUCCUGAAUAUCGAUGGAUGGAAUCGUUUGUUGAAGAUGUCUGGGUUUGGGGAUGAAGACAGAAGAACGAAGAUCAAGGAGAGGACAUACCUCGUGCGAAACGAAUGGCGUAUCAUCAUCGGUUCUUUUCAUCGUGUGUGAUUUUAUAAUUAAUUUUAAUAAGUGUUCAUGCGCCGUGCGCGGUGCGACGAUGCUCCUUUCGAUGUUAGAGUCGUCCUAUUCUUGUUGGAUUCUCUCUAGGUGGUCGAGACCCUUCUGGUUUUCCUUCGCAUUCGUGCGCGCACGCACACGCCCACAUGCUCGCUCGCGCGCGCGCAUGGAAUGUGCAUCAACCGCAUUACACGGAUUCGGAAAGGGGAAAUGACUCAUUGUAUCAUACUUGAUCCGAAUACGAUGUUGUGCAUAAUAAAUUAUUUAAUUUUCUGA